CGCAAAUAGUCAAAUUCUAGCUCGAAAAGCCGCGAUGAGCCUUCUACUUACUCGGAGAAUAAUCCCAUCGGUAUGUUGCAUGCGGAGGGGGUGUACUGUGAGCAGAUCAGCCUGAAAAUCCAAGCGGCCCGUAUUGGAGUUCGAGGGGUUGAGGUCUUUACUGUUUGCGUGGUAUAUACUGUGGAGUGUACGCCAGUAUAAAGAUGCGUGGACACCCUUCAGCAUCCUCUUCAUCUACCUCUCCCCUCACACCAACCAUCCCCCGAAAAUGGAUCACAACUCGGAUAUCACAGACUGGGAAUUCGCCCUAGAGUCAAUUCAGCAACCCAUUGAUAUGGAGCUCGACUCGGGGCAGUAUUCCUCUCUUGCAGCACCAUCUCCCGUACAUGAUCGCGCUGAUGUCCUGGAGCCAUUCCAGCUUCCGACACCCCCGCAGAGCACCAGCCCACCUGCUAGGGCGUUUCUCCAUCAGAUAGCCUGUUUACGGGACUACCCAGCGUCUCCGUCCUCGACAACUGUGGAUGAGCUCAACGAAAACCUUAUCUCCGUCUCGUCAGCGUUCUUCCCCAAUGCCCAGAUCCAUAUCCUCCCGCCCGAUCUCCUCCUCCUCUCUUCUGAUGCCGUCUACUUCUACCUCGGCCGAAACGUUCUAUCUGAUUCAUCCGCCAACGCUUUCAAUGGUCUCCUCUCUAAACCACAGAGCAAGUCCGCACAUAAUAUGAACGUAGUUUUCGUCCCGGAGCAUUCUGCCGUCCUCAACAUCGUCUUGCAUACGGUAUAUGGUGUAUCGUGCGCUCAUUAUGCACCCGCAUUUGAGUCUCUAUCGUCUGCAGUGACAGCGCUCGCCAAGUACGGCUUCUUACCGAGUCGCUUCAUCGCUCCCGCCACCCCAUUGUACAUCCUCCUUUUAUCACAGGCACCCCUAUACCCGAUCGACCUCUAUACCUUGGCUGCUACACAUGACAUGUACGACCUCGCCGUGCCAACAUCGUCGCAUCUCCUUUCCUUCUCUGUCGAUUCGGUCAGCGAUGACUUGGCGGAGCGCUUAGGGGCCAAGUAUCUCAGGCGUUUGUUCUUCUUACAUCUGGGUCGCGUGGAUGCGCUGAAGCGCAUCUUGUUGCCGCCUCCCCGUCCGCACGCCCCGACCUCAGCUUGCAGUUUCGACGACCAGAAAAGUCUUACGCGGGCAUGGGCGCUUGCAGCAGCAUAUCUCGUCUGGAACGCUAAGCCAGAUAUGUCGGUGAGUACAAUGGUGUCGACACUGUCGCCGCUUGGAAAACUGCUGUCGUGUGACAUCUGCCAGGAAGGUUUACGAUCACAUAUAAGAAAUGCGAUCGUCCAGUGGUCCGUCACUAAAAGGACGAUUUGAUAGUCACUCCGAUUAUGUGUACCUCGUCUCCGCUUCCCUUGGCCCAAUACCCUGCAUAUGUGAUACACGUUACACAUUUACUUACCAUUACCUAUGUACACUCGCAUAAAAC